CAGGUUAAAAUAAACACACGUCAUUUCUAGUUUCGCUCUCGAGUGAGGCGACGACAUUUUGUUUUAUUUGAAUGAGGCCUACCAUUUGUGUAAAUACAGGAGCUGCCUGCAUCCUGGAUAUCUGAAAGAGACAUCAUGGCACCAAAAAAUGAGGUCGGUGCACCCCAACUAUCCAGAAAGGCACAUACUGCUGACUCUGGAAACAUCUGUGUAGGAAGUGUAGACAGAGUAACAGAAAAUCCAGGUGUAAUACGGCAAUCAUUGACCACAACUGAUCACAAUGUACACAGCUAUGAAACACCUCUUCAAAGCAUGGAACAGUAUUCUGAUAUUGAUCACAUGACCACCAUAGAAUGUGGAAAGAGAUUUGUCGUUAGUUUCGUGAAUACUUUGUCACACCAUGGUUCUGCUUUGAGUAGUUUGGAACAGGAUUUAACAAGUACAACAGUUGAACAAAGAUCACAUGGCGAGGCACAACCUUAUCUUGAAACUCUUAAAGAAAAGGUUCACAAGCAAAGGAAAGGAGAACAGAAGUUUAAAAAUACUUUUUCUCCUGCUGUAAGUUCGCAAACAUUGCGUAAAUUACGAUCAUGUGAAAGAAAAGAUCAACAUGAUUUAAGUAAUAUUUCGAUGGGAAAACAGUCUAAAGUUUCCAGUAACUAUUGUAUUGCUCAUAAUCGUGAUCUGAAAUCAAGCAUGAAACCAUCUGUUCAUGCAACCAAACAAAACAAAAUUCUCGAAACUACCGACAUAACAUACUCGAAAGAGACAUUUAAUAUAGACUCAGACAAACACAGAGGUGAUGAAGAGGAACAGGUAGAACAACCUCAGCGUACUAAAGAGAAAAAGAAAAAACUCUUUGAUGCAGUUCACAGCGCUGUGCAUGAUGUUCCUUAUGAUACUGAUGAGGUGGACAGAUCCUCGGCUGAUAAAAAAUAUAAAGAAAUUAUUGAUGAUUUGAAGUAUGCAGUAUUUCAUGGUAUGUUAGAAAGAUCCCAUGUUACGUCCCCUUUUGUUUCUCUUCAUGAUUAUUUCGCUAAAAAAGCUAAAAAUGAAGCAUUAACAAAUGAGGAGCAAAUGAGGUAUGAAGGUUUGCGUUUGAAGUCUUUUGCCCAAGUGGUCAUGAGUGUCUCAUGUCUUCGACUGGCAGCAGCAGGGUUCUAUGCUACAGGUAAUGGCGAUGAGACUCGAUGUUUCAGUUGUGGUGUAACCAACAGGAAUUGGCAAACAAAGGACAACCCGCACAUCCUGCAUGCAAUGAUUUCUCCAAACUGCAUCCAUGUAACUGGCACUGAUGAAAGGAAUGUGCCUAUUCAGGUGCCAGCAGUAAGUGAUACAGGUCAUGAACCACAAUUCAGAAACGGGAGCAAUCCCGAGACAAGAGAGUCAGAGAGUGCCUCUAAUGGAAGUGUCCCUUCGGAACUAUUAGGAGCAGUAGGAACAUCAAGGAACCAUACACCAGUAACGACUACUAAUAGUUCUAGUCCACAAUCUUACACAACUCAACAAACGACAAGCACUUGCAAUGUCAAUGUACCAACAGCAAUACUUACAUCAAGGUUUGACAGUGCUGUUCAUCCUCACUAUAGCAACAAAACUGUCCGUCGCAAAUCCUUCCAACAGUGGCCUGAUGGGCACAGUCAACGACCCGAAGACCUCGUAGACGCAGGGUUUUUCUAUGCUGGCUACUCUGACUGUGUGCGCUGUUUUGUCUGCGGUGUUGGUCUGAGGACCUGGGAGGAGGGGGAUGACCCCUGGGUGGAGCACGUACGCUGGAGAUCAUCUUGUGCCUAUGUUGAAGCAGCAAGAGGGAUGACUUUCAUCAUUAAGACACUGGCAGCAAUUGGAAGGUCCAUGCAGGCCGACCCACAGUCUCGUCAACAUCAACAACAGUCUUUGAAUGACUUGAAAGCACAGAACAGUUCUGAAGAUGAUAUUAUGAGGACCGACCCAUGCCAACGAGCUUUAGAGAUGGGUUUCAGCCCAGAACAGAUUAGAUCUGUAGCUCAAACAACUAUGAGAAGUAGAGGAACAUUGGCUUUGGAAUUAGAUGUUCUUCUGGACAAUAUUCUAGUAAUUGAUGGAGACGGUUCAGAACUGACACCAUCUGCUCAAGGGAAAGGGGAGGUGACCAUCCCUCAGGUGCAGACACGGAAUGAAAGAGUGGAGGGUGCAGAGGGCAACAUGCAUUGUCAAGUACCGCUUAAAGACAUAUCAAGAAUACCACCUCUACCAUUGGGGACAAGACAUGCUGAUGGAAAUCAAGACAGUGGAUAUAUGUCAUCUGAAGUGAACCCAGAUGCCGUGGCACCACAUAGUAUUGUAACUAUCUCAGAGACAGCAGACAGGGUGAAUAUGGGUGACAAUAAUCAUCAAUGUGAAGUACUAUCAGGAAACAUUGCUGCCAAGGAGUCGACAUUGUUAGACAAUGAAAGAAGAAAGAAUGGAAGGGAUCAUGACUCAAAUUUUUCUGUGAAUGGUUUCCUAAGUUUGCCAGUCCCCAGUCAAAGAAUAAAGGCAGAGAGGAAAAGACACGAUAAAACCAAGAACCAGUUAAAGGCUACAAAAGAAGAGACACAGCAGCUGAGAGAGUCAAGUGCAUGUAAGAUCUGUCUGGAGGACCCUGCCAACAUCGUCUUCCUCCCAUGUGGGCAUAUGGUGGCCUGUGGCGUGUGCUCGCCGGCUCUGGAGAGAAACAUAUCAGCAAUAUUUAAAACGUCAUUUCUAGUUUCGCUCUCGAGUGAGGCGACGACAUUUUGUUGUAUUUGGAUGAGGCCUACCAUUUGUGCAACUGGUGAACAUAUAACACGUGAACACGUCACAACUAUACAUUCUGCCUAUUCAGAAGACAGGACAACAAAGCCUGGCGUUAGGGGCAAAAUGGUAUCCCCAGCACUGACCAAAUUGCAUGCAUUUGCCAACAAUAGGGAAACAACCCAUGUUACAAAAUCAAAUGAUGACUAUCCAUUUGGUCAAACUGAAAAUAGAAAAGAACAUGAUGCUGGUUUUAUCAAACAAAAGAAUCUGCAACAUAUUGAUGUCUCCAGUAUUUAUGUUUGCUUUUACAUAAACAUAGACAAUUUCAUAAUUUGUAUCAGCGAGAUAGAAAGGAUAAACAAAGAGAUGCCCCACACUGUGGAGGGAACGACCGAAGACAGUGAACAUACUGCAACAUCACCAAGCGGGGAUCAAGAGAACAGUGGGAAUUACAGUCCGAAGAAUAACGCCUUGGAGGGUGGGUUCAAGAGUCAAGAACCAUUAUUAACGGAGCUUCUCGAUAUGAAGUGUAGGGUUUUUGAAGAGGAUUGCCGAAGAGCUCUUGAAUCGAAAUACCUGCUGCAUUACAAACUAAUUAUAAGAUGUAUGUUGGCAAAUGAAAUACAGUCGCAUACAUAUCACAUGUGUCAGCUUUUCACUGAAACAAAUUUAGUACAUUUUAAGAAGAACAAAAGUGAUUUUGAACUACCUGGUAAACAUAGUGUGAAAGAAUACCUCCUACAUGUCUGCGGGAACCGUGCUAUUCGGAUACAUGAACUUCGCCAUAUUUUGCAAAAGUGUUUAGACUUUGAUGUAUUUGAUUCCUUGUCUACUCACCCUCUUCCAUUUGAAAUGGAUGAGUCUUUUGAGAGUAAAAUGAAUGGACUUUGGAUGUACCUUGAUGCAAUUUUCCCCUUCACUCCACCCGACUACACCCAAGAGAAAUUGCCAGAAAAGGAAGAGAUGAGGUAUGAGGGGUUACGAUUGAGGUCAUUUCACGAAGUAAACAUGAAUGUUUCAUACCUACGCCUGGCAGCAUCAGGCUUUUAUGCCACGAAAAAUGGGGAUGAAACAAGAUGUUUUAGCUGUGGUAUAACACAUAGACACUGGGGACCAAGGGAUAACCCUUUUGUAGUUCACAGCCAACGUUCACCAACCUGUAAACAUGUAACUGGCACAGAUGACAAGAAUGUCCCUAUUCAACCGUCUACGGGGUUUGCAGCAGUUAAUCGACAUCCAGAAGACAGAAGGCACGACAGCACCCAACAAACAAAUCUGUCUGAGAACGUGAGUCAGGAUAGAAACCCCACUGAAGUUCUAGGUGCAACUGGCUCCUCUAGAAACAGCCCAACCUCCUCUGAAUUGGAGGCACGGCAUUCUCUUCCUACUCAACAAUCUGCAACUCCCACUAGAGAAGCUAAUGAAAUAGCACCAGUGUUGAGCUUUGAUGGGUCAGUUCACCCUCACUACAGCUCUUCUGAGACCCGUCUCGCCUCCUUCAACGUGUGGCCUGAAGGGCACAGUCAACUACCUGAAGAACUUGUCAGAGCAGGAUUUUUUUAUGCCGGUUACGCCGACUGUGUGAGGUGUUUUGUGUGCGGUGUUGGUCUGAGGACAUGGGAGGAUGGAGAUGACCCCUGGACCGAGCAUGUCCGCCGGAGACCGUCUUGUGCCUAUGUAGAAGCAGUAAGGGGAAAACUCUUCAUUAUACAGACAUUAGCAGCCAUUGGACGUUCCAUGCAGGUGACACCACAAACUGACCCUAAUCAACAGACAUCAUCAAAUAACAAAAUAAACCCGGGCAAGGUUGGAGAAGAAAUCUUGACGGAUGUUGCGUGUAAACAGGCUCUGGAGAUGGGUUUCAAAAGGGAGAAGGUUAAAGCUGCUGCUGAGGAAACCGUUUACGCUGCAGGGAAGUCAUCACUGACACUAGAAGUGCUGCUUGAGACGAUCCUUGUGACAGAUGGAGAAGAAUCAGAACAAACAGAAGCUGCUCAACCCAUGGCGAGUGAAGCGCCAACAGGAGCUGAGGCAAACAUUGGCAGUAGAUCAGAUGACAUAAUCCAAGGGGCACCAAGAGGCACAGACACACCACUUACGUUGAACAGUGCAGUGGGCAAACGAAGGUCAUCGGAUCCCCAAGCUGAAACAAGACAGAUAUUGCACAGGGCUACAGAGGACAAAGACAGUUCGUCAGAUCAUACAAGUAUAGAAACAGCAGGCUUAACAACUUCCUCACUGGCGACUCACAAGGCGGAGGAGGGUGAAGACUCACGAACAUUAAACCGACCAAGACAAUAUAUUCUUACCGGACAAAGGACAAGCGACAGGACAAAUAUUUUUUAUAACACUGACAAUGACUCUCCAACACCACUACCAGGAGCUGCCUCUUCUGUUGAUACAAUGUCCUCAUUAGCUGGCAGCGAAGGUGGGAGAAAUGGUGGAGGCAGUGCCACUGUGAAUAGCUUUUUAAGUAUGCCUACUGAAAGGCAACGACCCGAGAAUAUUGAUAAGAUAAAGAACAAAUUUCAUCAUAAAGGCAAGAGCAAGGAAGAGUUAAAGGCUACAGAGGAAGAGACACGGCAGCUGAGAGAGUCAAGUACAUGUAAGAUAUGUCUGGAGGACCCUUCCAACAUCGUCUUCCUCCCCUGUGGACAUCUCGUGGCCUGUGCCGUGUGCACACCUGCUCUUGAACGUUGCCCAGUCUGCAGGAAGCACAUCCGGGGAACUGUCCGUGUCCAUCUGGCAGAGAUGACUCGAGAGAAACAUAUUAACUACUAAUAAAUAACGUCUAUAGUCUCUGAAGGUGAAAUGUACCAAAACGCAAAAUAUUUUAAUCAUGCUUGACAGAUCAUUAGACUUUGUGACUUUGUAGCAUUAAACUUUGGUAUAUAUGGGAUUCAUCCCCCCAAUUCGUGGGUUCCAGCUGCUCCUUACGCUGACACGUCAUGAUAUAUUUAAAAUAAUUAUCAAAGUUUGUAUUUUGUCAUAGACUGCACUGCAAUAUUCCAGUUAUAUGACGGCGGCCUGUAAGUAAUCGUGUUUCGAGCAGAGAAACCAGAUCAAUCAAGCUUGGCAACCCGACUGCCCGAUAUUUGGUUACCUUGUGUGUCAAGCAUAGGUUUGCUGGAUAUGUACUAGUACUCUAACCCAAAAUUUUAAGCCAGCUCCCACACUAACUUAGGUAGCUUAUUGGAUUACAUAUGUUGACUUCUUGACUGAUUUCUAAAUCAUUUGGGACUGCUUCGAUCACCUAAAUCAGAUCAAAGAGUAUAUGCUUGACAUAAAAAUGGACUAUCAUUAGUUAAUACAUGACAAUUAAUUGUAAUUCUCAUUAUUGCUGAGAUUUUGUAUUAUUAUGUAAAUAGUUAUGUUGCAUUUGUCUUUAGGAUUAUGAAAAUUGGUUUGUCACUUUUAUCUAAUUGGUAGAAGUUAUAUUUUUAUUGCAGAACAAAGACUAUUCUGUGGUAUCACUUUUUUCUGCUUACAGGCAUAUAUAUCGUAGAACCGAUUAUCCAUAUUUUGCUUGAAAUGUGAAUGUACGAGUAAAGGCAAUUUUAAUGUACUGUAUACCUGUCUAAAACAUGUAAUCACUUACAACAUAGAGGGAAUAAACGCGUUUUGAAUCCUUCAUGCCAGACAACUAUCGAUUGGUAUAGAGGGAUGUGACGGAGUAGUGCUAUUGGGUACCGCCACAAAAUACAUUAGUUUAUAUAAGUGAGUGAGUGAGUAUGGUUUUACGCCGCUUUUAGCAAUAUUCCAGCAAAAUCACGGCGGGGGUCACCAGAAAAGGGCUUCACACAAUGUACCCAUGUCGGGAAUCGAACCCGGGUCUUCGGCGUGACGAGCGAACGCUUUAACCACUUGGCUACCCGACCGCCCUUAGUUUUUUAUUAAAGGACAGGACCUUCCCCAAUGCAGUGCAUACAUUACAACACUCACCAUCAGGAACAUUUUAUUCGAGUGUGCAGACAUUUUGACAUCGGCAACGUUAAUAUACUCCUUAAAGUAUGUCGCAUCUAUUUAAUACUGUAUCUAAUAACUUAAUAUCAGCUCGUUUGAAGAAAAUAACCAAUACAAUACAGUGUAUAGCUUUCAUUUUAAUAUUGGUAUGAGUGGGCGAGUGAGUGAGUUUUUUCAGAGAUUACUCAACUUUCCUGAUACAGUGCCUAAGUUCCGGUUUUAGAAGUUAAAAGGACUGGACUAUAAAUAUGGUGUAUUUCAGAGCAGUUACAGCACCUAGCUACCUGCCUCCCUGCCACAUUUCUAAACUAAAUGUUUGAAUGUUAUUGUGUUGUUUGUCUAUCCUCAAUUUGGCAAUAUGACAUUCUUUGUUUUGUGAACGAUAUAGUAUAUAUAGAAUAUCUACAGCUGGACUUUCGGCUGCUUCGGAUUAUGAUUACCUUUUGUUUUGCAGUAUCAUGAGUAUAAACACUACGGUCAUAACGAACUGGCGGAUAUAAGGAACUGGUUUUUAGGUCCCUGCCAUUUGCGGUAUAUAUGCUGUAUAUAUGCUUAUAACGAAUUACGGUUAUAACGAACUAUAAUUUUUUGUCCCUUUGAGUUUACUAGUAGUUUACUCUACGUGUAUGUAGGCACAGUAUUUCUGAAACACUUUAUCUUAAUUAGCAAUUACAGCAAAGUAUAAUCAUUGUUACAAACUGAAAGAUAUUCAACUUGUUUAAAUGAUAAAAAUUUAAUCAGAGCUAAUUGUAAACUUAAAAUUUCAUUGCACAAUUUUAAUGUAAAUAUAUGUCGCAGGUCCAAACACGGUGAUAUUGUGAACUGUUCAUCCGGAGAAGUAGAGGAUGAAUACCAUGUCUUAUUUACAUGUGAAACGUAUUACCAUUUAAUGUACAAAUUUCUGCCCAUUUUGCAAGGUAUUUUGAAAGACCGUCAGUUAAUGAUAAAUCUGCUAAAGUCUGAAAAUCCUGAUAUGAUCCAUGGUGUUUCUGUAUUCUUAAAACAUUUCUUUAUAAAGAAGAAUGUGUAACUUGAUUUAAAAUCUAAUCAUGUACAUCACAUGACAAAUGUUAAUAUCCAAUCUGCAUUUUACUAUGGGCCUUGAUGCCUUUGUUACUGAAUAAACUGUCUGUCUGUCUGUCUGUAUGUAGGCACAUAUUACAAGUUGUGUUAACAUGUAAAAGGUGUAUGUUAUCUUGUCUACCUUGUGUACAUAUAUUUAAACGUACUUGUUUGAUAUAUUUUAAUUGCUCCAUCGUUAUCAACAGUUUCAAUCGAAUAAACACAUCAGGAAAGUGUAAAGUAUUAUCGAGUGAUGAUUGACACACAGUGUGUUAGAUCUAUAUAUAUCUCAAUAUUCACUACUACUUGUCACUCACGCUAUUCAUGUUACUGCAGAUACGUACAUGCGUUGUGUUAAUAUGUAUAACGUGUAUGUCAUCUUGUCUACCUUGUGUACAUAUAUUUAAACGUACUUGUUUGAUAUAUUUUUACUGCUCCAGCGUUAUCAACAUUGUGGCAAUACAAUGUAAUACAUAGUAUUCAGACGCUUCUUUCAGUGCCCUUUAGAUGCGUGAUGAACAAAGACAAAUUGUUUUCUUUAUUACAAUAGCGGCGACGUUUCGGUGCAGAUUCUGGUGAUGCACAGCAGGAUGAUUUUGGUAGUGUGGGUUCGAAUCCCGGACGGGACUCAACCCACAAAAGUACGAGAACCUGUACUUUACUAGGAAAGUGUUAUCCCAAAUAUAACAUUUGUUACCGUUGACCACUUUCUAUUGUGUAUUAAAUGACAUUGUGUAUUCAGGAUGACUUGGGUUGUAUUGUCAUGUGUAAGUAGUUUCAGUGUAAAUUUGUUUGUAGUAGCAGCAAAAGAUAAUACUAAUAACAAAGUCAGUCGACACAUCGAGUUCAGCUUUCCAGAAGGGUUUUAGAGUUAUCCGCUUCGGUUGUGUACAUGCGCAUGGCAGGCUUAAUCGUCAGAGACGUUUCAGGAUGGGGCAUUUCUAAGAGGCUGGAUGUACCGAUAUCUCAGCUACAAGAAGACGAUUCAAGGCCUUUGGGCCUCGUUUGUUUCUAAUCCACUUUCAAAUUUCGGUUUCGAUACCUGAUUGUAAACAUCAAAUUCCGGCCAGCUGCCAACAUUGUUUUGGAUUCAAAGCACGGAGACUUUCAUGACGAAUCAACAGUGACAAUAUUCUGAACAUUCGAACGAGCACUAACGUUAAAUCCAGAGCUUGUAACUUAUUCCUGCUGCCACCUACUUGAACCAUUGUAUUUGUAAACUUAAUAAUGUGUGAUUAAAUAUAAUUUUAUGAAUAUUCA